GCGACGGCGUGACUCGUGCGCCCGUCAUGGAGUCGCAGAAAGAGGCGCGAACCUUCCCUGAGACCGCCGCACGGCCGCCGGGGGCCGCAAGUUCUCAGACGCCGGACGAGAAAGAGCAGCAGGAGGACGGCACAGCGCCGGCUGCGGCUGCCCUGGACACAGAGGCGGACAUCGCUGGUGCCGACGGGCUGUGGGAACUGCCAGUGGAACCGGUGGAGCGGAGGCCCGAGUGCAGCCGCUGCAGCCGGCCUCAAAAAGUGUGCUUGUGUCCAUAUUUACCAGCGCACCCUCUGAAUAUCUCUACCCACUUGUAUAUAAUUCAGCAUCCAGCAGAGGAAAACAAAGUGUUGCGGACAGUUCCUCUGUUAGCAGCGUGCCUUCCCCAGGACAGGUGUAAAGUCAAGAUUGGUCGUCGCUUCAGUGAAGAAAGAGAUCCUGAACUUUCGACUGUUUGUCGGAACUCUGGUACAUUAAUAUUAUAUCCAGGUGCUGAUGCUGCUAAUUUGGAAGAAUUUAUAUUAGAUUCUCCUGUUUAUCCUUCCACAAUCAUCAUUAUUGAUGGUACAUGGAGCCAGGCUAAGGACAUUUUCUGUAAGAAUUCCUUGUUCCGACUUCCCAAACAGGUGCAGUUAAAAACUAGCGUUUCUAGUCAGUAUAUAAUUCGGAUGCAACCAGCAAACAGGUGCCUUUCCACCCUGGAGUGUGCAGCUGCUGCUCUCUCCAUCCUGGAGAAGGACAGUUCCAUACAGGAGACUUUGCUUCGCCCUCUUCGAGCUUUAUGUUCUUUCCAGCUCCAGCAUGGUGCUCAAAUACGCCUCAGCAAGGAACACCUUCUGAAAAAUGGAUUAUAUCCUAAGCCAUUGCCAAAGAACAAACGUAAACUCAGGAAAAUGGAACUGUUAAUGAAUAGCAUUAAAAUUUAGUACAGUUGUUCUUAUGGUGCUAGUUGACCUGAUUUCAUCUGACAGUACCCAGUUAAGUGUUCAUUCGGUUUAGGUCUAAGGGGUUUUGACUCUCUAAAGAAGAGCGAGAGUUAUUUACUAAUCUUGCUUAGAAGAAAGAAGUAAACCAAAUAGCCAUCAAAAUAACAAUAAAAAACUUCACUGACUCCGCAAAAAGAUGUCAUACUGUAUUUGUUUUUAAAAAUGUGCCUCUAAGACAUUUUUUCCAAAUCCGUGAAUUAAAAUACGAUUAGUUGUUGAGCCAGGUUAGAGGUUUUUACUAUAAAAUGAAAGGAAGUUGUUGUCCUAAUUGGAACAGUAUUGUUUCUGUUAAUGUUUAUAGAUUAUUAGGUAUGGAGCAAUAAUAGACCUAUGUUAAUUUACAAUCACGUACCUGAACUUUAUAGUUUAAGCAGCAAAAGAAAAUGGUUUAGAUUCAACUUAUGUGUUUUAUAAAAUAGUAUAAAAGAAUAAGGAAACUGUAAGUAUCCUUUAGGGGCUAAACUUGACCUUAGCUAAUGUGAUUUAAGUUUCUGUUGAUUUCCAUAAUUUUUAAAGAGGU